AUGUCUACACAAAGGAUUUUUCUUCCAUUUCCGUUAAAAUAUCAAACUAAUUCUUGCAAUAAAAUUGAUAAUAUAAUUAGUUAUACUGAAGAUUUAAUAAAUUUUUGUAAACAAUAUAAUAGCUUAGCAGAAGCUCAUAUUGUAGAUUUUUUCAUAAAUGAUACUUGGGAAAUUAUACCAAAAGAGUGGAGAGACGUAUUUGAAGUUGAGCUCGAAAAUAUAAUUAGAGAAAAUAAUUAUGGAAGUAAUAAAGAAAGAAAUUUUGUGAAUAAAAUGAUUAGACUUGCUAGUUUUCAUGAAUAUGAGGAAGAUUGGCCCGAGUCUUUGAAAAAAUUUAUUAGAGAUACUAAAGAGUUGAUGUUGUCGCGUGAUAUAUCAGUUGAUGUUAGACGGAUGGAAUGCGAAAAAUCAAUUGAUAAACGUAUAUUACCGGGAAUGAAUGAAAAAAAGUUGCACGAGGUUAAAAUAUUAAGUAACUUAAUAGCAUCAUUAGCAAAGGAGAAUAAAAUCAAUUCAAUUAUUGACUUAGGGGCGGGUCAGGGAUAUUUAAGCAGAGUAUUAGCAUAUACACAUAACCUUUGUGUAUGUGCUAUAGAUGCAAGUAAUGUGCAAACAUGUGGCGCACAAAAAUAUCAAUUUCGUACUGAAAAAAGUCUCGGAUUUUUACGUAAAGAUAAAAACGAAGAGGAAAGAAAAAGAAAUGGAUGUUUAAACCAUGUUACACAACAUGUAACAUCUGAAACUUUGACUAGUCUAAUAACAGAAUGGAAUAAAGGUAGUAACAAGCAUAUUGAAGCCAAUGAAAAUACGGGUUACGUUAGAGAUGUUGAAGCUGCCACGAAUGCUAAGGACGUCAAAGAGAAAGAUCUGGAAGUUGAAACUUGUUCAAAUAAACAGGUAGAACAGGAUGAUGAUAAUUAUUUAAUUUGCGGAUUACAUUCAUGUGGACAAUUAUCCAGUACGAUGUUGGAUUUAUUUAUUAAAAAUGAAAAAAUUAAAUGUGUAACAAAUGUAGGAUGUUGUUAUCAUCUACUUGAUGAAAAUGAAAUUUUUGAACACGGGAAUUCAAAUGAUGAGAAAUAUUCAUCAUUUCCGUUAAGUAAAUUUUUUAAAGAAAAAAAAUUUUAUAUGGGAUCAACUAUUAGACAUCUUGCAUGUCAAGUACCAUCUAGAUGGUCAAAUCAGCAAGAAUCAAGUAUUAAUGCAUUUGAACAUCACUUUUAUCGUGCAUUAUUACAAUAUAUUUUAUUUAAGAAAGAAUUAAUCAAAGAUACGCCAAGAAUAGGAAAAUUACGCCGUCGAGAUUUUACAUCAUUUUCAGCGUAUUGUGCAGCUGCACUAAAAAAGCUAUCUCUACCAUUAAAUUGUAUAACACAAGUAGAAUCAGAACAUUAUUAUCAUGAAUACAAAAAAAAUGGAUUUAUGCAUAAAAUUAUUAUAUUUUGGACAUUAAGAGCUUUGUUAGGACCUUGUUUUGAAAGCAUUAUAUUGUUAGAUAAAUGUUUAUAUUUAUUUGAAUAUAGUAUACCCUAG